AUGGGUUGGAGAGGGAUAUUGGGAUUUGAAUAUGGAAUAGUUCAGGCGCCAUUGGGACCCGAUAUUUCGGGUCCUGAGCUUGUGGCUGCUGUUGCUAAUGCUGGUGGACUUGGUCUUCUCAGAGCCCCAGAUUGGGAGGCACCAGAUCAUCUAAGAGAACUGAUAAGGAAGACUAGAACCUUGACUGAUAAACCUUUUGGGGUGGCUGUUGUACUGGCAUUUCCUCAUAAGGAAAACAUAAGGGCUAUUCUGGAUGAAAAGGUUGCAGUGUUGCAGCUUUACUGGGGAGAAUGCUCUGAAGAUCUUGUGCUUGAGGCUCAUCAAGCUGGGGUGAAAGUUGUGCCUCAAGUUGGAAGCUUCGAAGAAGCAAAGAAAGCUGUUGAUGUGGGUGUAGAUGCAAUAAUGGUUCAAGGGGUAGAAGCUGGAGGCCAUGUAAUUGGUCAGGAUACCUUACUCACCUUGUUGCCAAGAGUAGUUGAUCUUGUCCGCAAUCAUGACAUUCCUGUAAUUGCUGCCGGGGGGAUAGUGGAUGGGCGUGGUUAUGUAGCUGCUCUGGCCCUUGGAGCACAGGCAGUUGCACUAGGCACAAGGUUCCUUGCAACCGAGGAGAGCUAUGCUCACCCUAUCUACAAGAGGAAAUUGGUCGAACUAGAUAAAACCGAGUACACAGAUAUAUUUGGCCGCGCCAGGUGGCCAGGAGCUCCUCAACGUGUAUUAAAAACUCCUUUCUUCAUGGAUUGGAGGACUCUUCCGCAUCAUGAAAAUGAGACCGAUCAACCCAUCAUUGGCCGUUCAAACAUACAUGGAAUGGAAAAAGAGAUUCGUCGUUUUGCUGGGACUGUUCCAAACGUGACAACUACCGGUGACAUUGAAAGCAUGGCAAUGUAUGCCGGUCAAGGCGUUGGCCUCAUCAAGAAAAUUUUACCGGCAAGUGAAGUUAUAAAGAUAAUUGUCGAAGGUGCUCAAUCUCUAAUCCAACAAAAGUUUAUUCCUGAGAAACUUUCGGGGGACCGCGUUUAG